AUGGGAGCCCAACAAAGUGCCGAACAAGAAGCACGUCCCGAAGUCGUGCGCAUCGAUCGCAACGAAGUUCCCGAAGAAUACAAGUUGGUUUUAUUGAAAAAUGCCAAUUUUACGGGAGAAUUGCAUUUUCAGAACUGUCGGCGUGUCCUCCGACGUUGUAAAGCGCGUAAACGCCACGAGAGUCGCCGGAAAUGAUGGCGAGAGCGAGCGACUCAGGUUUCUACUAGAUCUUUCCGGAAAAUCUGUAGUUUUUUGUAUUCCAGACAAGAAUUAGCUCGUGAGCGUGAGGAGAAGGCCAGAUUGCGUGAGGACAUGGCCAAAUUGAGCCAAUUGCAGCAGAGAAAGGUCUGGAAAUGGAAAAGUUGCGUUCUUGACCCAAACCUGAAUUUUUCAUGUUCAGACGGCCGGAAUUGUGGCGCCGGCGCCAGUUUCUGGAAAUGAUUUGGAGGAGCGAAAGAAGAUUUUCGACGAGACCGUCGAACGCGUCCAGAAACAAUUCUUCGCCUAUCACCGCGAAAAUGUGUGCCAGGAUAAUGAAACUGUACAGACAAUUUGCAUUUUUUAAAAGUUCUGUGUAAAUUUUUCGUUCAGGAGAUCGUCAGAUGCCUCCAAGACAAUCCGGGACGGAUUUUGAAGUGCGCCCCGCUUACCGAGGUUCGUUUGUGUCUGAAAAUGGCGGCUUUUUAAAAAAUUGUUCUUUAACGGAAAAUGCCAUAAAAAUCUUCAUUUUUACGCAAUUCUCGUAACUUUCAGGCGUUCGAAAAAUGCGUUGGCGAUUUUAGACAACAAGUGCUCAAAGGCAACUAG